AUGGCGGAGAAUUUCUUAACCAUGAUCUUAACCAGUUCUUACAAGAUCAUGACAUUAUACAUCAAAGAGAAGGAAACUGAUGAGAUUUUUCCCACUCCGGAGACUUCUUCAGCUCCAAUACCACACCAAUCACCUGCUGAGGAUGUCAUUCAGAGUAAUGCAUAUCAGAUUUUAUUCUUGAAACGUGAUGGAAGAAUAUUUACUGCAUUAAUUGUUUAUGUGAAUGACAUAGUCGUAACUAGAAACGACACAGGAGAGCAGCUGAAACUGCAAAAGUAUUUGUCUCAGGAGUUUGAGAUGAAUGAUUUAGGUGAUUUGAAGUACUUUCUAGGAAGUGAAGUAGCCUGGCCCACAACUGGUAUAUUUCUGUCUCAAAGAAAGUAUGUAUUAGAUCUACUCACUAAAACAGGAAUGCUUGGAUGCAAACCUGCUGAUACACCCAUCAAGAUGAAUCACAAGUUAUGUGAAGGCAUGGAUCAAAAACCAACCGAUAAGGAAUAG